UCCUCCCUCGCUCCCCCUUACACACCAAUCAAUCUAUUCCCAGAUUGUUCCUCACUAGUGUAACAAGGUGACCAUUUAUUUCUAUCUGGCUGACACGCAACAGCGCAAAGAUGUUGACACUGGAGUUGGCCCAACCAUCUGUACUGGUCAAAUGAUGUGUUUGUAGGUGAACAUUUCCCAGCCAUCUGCUGGGGUUGACUGUGGUGCCUUGACCCCGUAUGGAGGCUGAGUAACCCAAGGAUACCCGUCUGCAGCAGAAGGCCAGUUAUCAGGCGCAGUCCUCAGACACACUGCUCGUCGCCAUGGCAAAGUGCUUCCACCUUCGCUCGGCCCUCCUCAGAAGAAUGCCUGGUUUGCUGUGGAUCUCUGGGAUUCAGGGCGGCUGCAUCCAUGCCCGCAUCUGGAACAGUCAGGCCAGAAUCCUCCACUCUCAAUCAGUUUCAUGCUCUGACUCUAAAAUCAACAGUUUGCCAGUAGACAAAGUCACGAUUCACUUUGUUAACCAAGAUGGCAUCAAAACAACCACAGCGGUAAACGAAGGGCAAUCUCUGUUGGAUGUCGUUGUCAACAAAAACGUGGAUAUUAGUGGGUUUGGCGCGUGUGAGGGCACGCUCGCGUGCUCCACCUGCCACCUCGUUUUUGAAAAGAAGAUUCACGAGAAGAUGGAGCCGAUGGUGGAUGAGGAGAUGGACAUGCUAGAUUUAGCCUAUGGUCUCACCAAAACGUCUCGUCUCGGGUGUCAGGUGACGGUUCAGCGGUGGAUGGACGGGAUGACGGUGUAUGUGCCUCGAGAGAUGAGGAACGCUCUGGGAUCCAAGGACAGCUCGUGAAGUACCGUGAACUGUUUUCUUUUGAUGUAGUUUUUCUUCUUUUUUCUUGAUCUAAUUUUAAUAAACCGUUCUUGUCACUGUGCCUGAUGUCCGUUUUUUUUGACGAUAGAAGCGAUUUUACUGCACAGACUUCAAAGCUGUCAAGUGUGGCAAAUUCGAAGUUAAGUGGUCAGCUGAGAUCUUAAUUUUCAUCAUACAGGAAAUGUUAAAGACACAGCUGAUGAUCACCAAGGCAACAGAGCAGCUCUGACGUUUGCAAAGUCCUCUGUGCAUGUGUCGUAGUUGGGCUUUGUGGCAAGCGUUAUAAAAAUCUAGACAGAUAUUGGAGAGUAUUUUCUCUUCAAAUUGCAGUGUGCUUGACAUGUAUUAUAUAGCAAGUCAUAUUUAAAUCCAUGAAAGCUGGAGACUUGAACACCGCAAUUAAAUCACCCGUUUAUGACACCAUCAACAAAGGCUGCACAGGGCCUGUAAUGCUUUCAAUGUGAAUUUGUCAUGCUCAUCUUGCAAUAUUGGUGGUUUAACAAAUGCUAACUUUGGGAAAUAUGGAUUGCAGCCAGUAUUGCCUCACUAAUCAAAACAUUGGCAUAUAUCUUUUUUAUUGUGAUUCUCAUGUAUGACUCAACGAUAUGGCUUCCUCAUGUUCAUUAUAUAGAAAUUAUGCAAAUAGUUUUAGGCCUAAUUACAUUGUAUAAAUCAAUCAGUUUUUUGAUGAUGAAGACUGAACAUACAAAUAAUAUGUUGACUAAAAAUGAAAAGAUUGGAAAGACAAAUAAGUUCAGAAUGAUUUACUCUUCAAGCAGUGCUAUAACAGUUUGCUUGUAUACAGGAGGACAACACUUUACUGCUGGGGUUAACAAACAUCUUAGCCUACUUAUAGUAAAUAGAUUGAUUCAUCAUUUACAAUUAAAUAACAUUGAAAUUUUGGAAGUCACAUACAUGUAUUCACAGAGUUUAUAAAUAAGGUAAUAAAAACCUUGUUUUAUUUGAAAAUUUCCUUUACAGAGAACUAUUAGUAUGAACAUUUCCUGUACACAAGUCAUGUAUUAUCUGCCUAUUCAGUCCCCUACUAUUUCCAGUGAAUGUGAUUAAUUUGGGUCUGUGUUCAUAAUAGUGUUUGAUUGUGCGUUCCGUCUUCCCCUUGCAGAAAGACUUUCAGUGUCAGUAGUGAAUGCUAGAGAAUGGUUGUCAUUUUCUCAUCUUCAUCUGUAAAGAUGUGUUGUUGAAAUAUGCUAAAUCUGACUGACUUCACAUGCCAUUUACAUGACCUGUCAUCACAAAAUAUAUGUUUGGAACGUGAAUUGGAACCACAGGGAGCCAAAUCAUCUUGGAUUUGUAGUGUCAUAAACUUAAAUGGUUUAUUUUACAUAGAAGAACCUUCUGGACUCCUCUAGUUCUAUGU